GCCUUUGUGAACCCCCAGCCUUUCGUUGACAACUUCAUGAUCAGUAAUCCCAUCGAGAUAUCUUCAAACUAGGUGGAUAUUGUCAAGUAGAACUUGCCGAAGAUUUCGGUUAUGUAACUUUGAUGAAGUUGUAUUUAUUGAGUUGCUUUGAUGGUUCUUGUUGUGCUUUGACCUUCACUCGCGAUCUCACCACUUACACGCCCUCACGCUCAACAGCUCGGCACUCACACCCCUGACCCAUCUCUUCAAUACCACCAAGAUGUCAACAUCGACCAAGCCCAUAGCCCUCGUAGUAGGCGCUUCAAGGGGCAUAGGCCGUCAAGUAGCCAUCGACCUCGCCAAAGCUGGCUACCAUGUCAUCGUCUCCGCAAAAUCAACAACGCCCCUCUCCUCCCUCACCACCCUCUCGCCCUUCCCCCCCGACCCCAACUCCCCUCAAUCAACCAUCACCACCGUCGCCCUCGAGAUAACCCAGCUCGGCCUCUCCGCGACCGCGAUCCCAGUCGACACAACCUCCCAAACCUCCAUCGAGAAUCUCAUUCACGAUAUCAUCACUUCCCACAAAAGACUCGACGUCCUAAUCUACAACACCGGCGCCAUCCACUGGGGCCCCCUCUCCACCACCCCCCUCAAAAAAUUCCUCCUCCUCCAAUCCGUCAACCCAACCGGCCUCUACAUCACCCUCCACCACUCCCUCCCCCACCUCAAAUCCUCCCCCCUCGGCGGCCGGAUAAUCGUCGUCUCCCCGCCAAUCUACUCCCGCUUCUUCCGCGGAAAAACCGCCUACGCAAUCGGCAAAGUGGGCAUGUCCGUCCUUGUCAAAGGCCUGGCAAUGGACUUCGACCGAGAAGCCCUUCCGCUCCCUGACAAAAACCGCCAAAAAGGUAUGGCCAUCACCGGCAUCUGGCCCGCCGUCGCCAUCGAAUCCGCCGCGACAGAACAGUUCACACGACGCGACCAAGAGUAUAAACGGGAUUUGAGAAAGCCUACUAUUUUCUCUGACGCCAUAUUGGCAAUCUUGGACGCGCCGGCGGAGAGGGUGAAUGGGGAGUUGUUACUUGAUGAGGAUUUCUUACGGGAGGAAAGGGGUGUGACGGAUUUUGGAAAGUACUCUCUGAUACCGGGGGCGAACCCAAAGAGGAUUAUGCCAGAGGUGUUGCCUGAUUUGAGGGUCAAGGAGCAGGAUGACGAGGGGAUGAGGAUUGAUAGUUCCAAGCUUUGA